AUGGAAGACAGCGAGAGCUCGUGGACAGCGGGCAGCAAGGCCGCGGUAGUUAUUUUGUGCAUCUUCACCUUCAUCUUGGUCUCCGCUUGCCCCAUGGUUCUGGUACUCUUGUGGCUGAAAGUCAAGGAAACCGAGUACUACCGCAACAUUGCGCUUCGCGAGGGAAAUUUGCCGACGACUGAGCAGCCCAUCUGCAAGCGAACACGCCAAAACCCACUCUCUGGCAGAGUCCGACAGCUCGCGUUGAAGAUGCGUGGAAUGGCCAUCGCUGUUGGCGGGGCGCUUGCCUUACAGUGUCGUAAGGUCUUUGAGAAAGCUAGAGGGUGCAUCUCGGGCCUCUUUGAUAGUCAUCGCCGCCGCCGAAAUGGAAGUGGGAGCGUCAUAGAAGACCUCCCUAUAAUGCGCCACAAAGCCUGGCAGAAACUAGCCGAGUCGCAUACGGAGGAUACGGUCAUCAGCUCCAAGGAUGAUGCAGUUGAGCUUAAGACUGUCGAAAAUCCAAACAAAGUUACCAAGGCCGUUCAUUUUGACUUGGGUAGCGAGGACAGCACGGAACCCUGCGUCCAGAAGCCAAAGCCUGCUGUGGUCGCGGGAUCGAAGAUAUGA